CUUCCACUGCAUCCGCAAGUUACAGGAGAAUGUUGCCAGUGAUCUCGCACACCCACCUCAGCAGCCCGGCGAUCGACCCAUCGGUGCUUGUAGCCUACUGUGAUCCGCACGAUCUCGUUGCCAUUGCCACGGAGAAUGUCGUAGUGGUCUACCGCAUUAAUGGUCAAGUCGCGUUCACCGUUAAACCUAGCAAAGACUUCUUCCGCGUACAAGAUGACGCCAAGCUUGCAGCUACAGCUCUUGCCUGGAAGCAGGAUGGUAAGCUGCUGGCGUGUGGGUGGAAUGAUGGAAGUUAUGGGCUUUACUCGGGCGAAAACGGACGGCUGAUUUCGCAUGGUUGGCUCAGUGGGCGAGGGCAGAGUCCCACUGCGGGAAAUAGACUGGAUGAUCAGACUGACUUAGACGGUGCCGUCGUGACUUGCUUCUCGUGGAUGAGGCAUGAUGGACAGAGUUCUGCGCCCUCGCAGCCCACGGUGUCCGCAGACGAGCUCGACACGGAAGCCUGGUUUGCCCGGGAGGAUGGCUCUGACGCAGACGACAACUCCGGCGCAGCGUUGAUCAACGAACAGCUUCGACCCCACGGCCAUGCUACUAUCGAAAAGCUAGCAAGGUCAAUAGUCACCCUAGAUGUCACCACCGUGUUUCCGAAGCUCAGCGCUCUGCCGAGCCACGGUCUGCGGGUGGGCUCUUCUUCCGUGGACGGUGGCAAGUUCGCGUCUCAAGCACAAACCGAUCUAGCCUUCGAGAGUGUGGUGAAGGCCGGUGCUGCCGAUGACGUUGACGCGCUCCUCAUCUACGCAAGCGAUGGCGGCGUGGAAGUCUUCAUGGACGCCAUCGUUCCUGUAGGGACUCGUAAGAUACACGACAGGCCUAUCUGCGCAGCAGCUCACGCUAAGAGUUUCUCUCAUGCCAUUCUCUCGCGAGACCAUGAUCGCCAUCUACACCUUUGUCACAUGGAUCUACCGUUGCAGACACUUGGCAGCCCGUUACUGUACGUCGUUUCGCAGAACACGAAACGUAUUCAGUCACUGCUCGCUUACGUCUCGCAGACGUGUGACUGCAUGGUGCAUGAUUUCAGGACGGGCCUCCAGUUUCCUGAUCGGCUCAUCGCGAACGCGCAGACCGAACUCGAAGAAAAGCAAGAAGGCGACCUCAUAAUGAACCUCUACCACCUUGCAAUGACGACAGACUUUACACCCACCAUGCUCGAAUGGCUCAUUGACAUUGUCAAGGAGACUAACCACAAGCGGUGGGACCAAGCUGUCAACAGUCUCUAUACCCACAUACAAACGCAUCUCUUCAUGCAUUUCAGGCCCGGACUCGAACGGCUGUCAAUCGCCACAACGACCCUUCGUGGUCAUGCUCGCUUUCACGAAGGCAGCACCAACUUCGAUGUCCCGCCUGGACCGUUUACGAAGUUGCUAGAUGCAAUUGACAGCUUAGGCAUUGUAGCGGAGAAAAUGCUUCUGAUGAUCAUAGACGAGCACAAGCAGUUCAAGGCCUUCAGUAAGUGGCUGCGAGUCAUGAUCGAAAUCGGCGUCGCUGGGCCCGGCACAAAGGGCGCCAUCGAGACUGAGGAGAGGGAGAAUCCUAACAUUGAGUACUCACUCGUGCUGGAGUACAUAGAGAGGACGAUGACUCGAUCACGGCUGGCGCGUCAUCUUCAGGCAGAGCCAACCAACACAGAGGACCGAUCCGCUGAAGAUAUCCUAGCAUUACAGUGCUCUGCUUCCACUGCCGAACCGUAUACCCUAAUCCAGCUUGACCAGAGUCUUAGCGCGCAACCCGCCAUCCAUACAUUCUCCGAGUCCUUCCGGCCGGGACAGUUACAUAUCGGCGGUAGAAAAGGCAAAAGGGUCUGCGUUGUUUUUGGGAACGAUGGCAAGGAGUGGCUUGUCCUUGAUCUAGAUGCAAAGAAAGGCGACGUGGAUAAAGAUGCGGAGAUGGCGGGAUAAUGGUACCAUUGAUGCUUCGAAAUACCAGUGACGGCGCUACGGUGGUAUCUACGUCCAGCAUGACUAUCGUUGGGCUCAUUAAA